CCAGUUGUUGUCUCUGGCCCCUGAAUGUUGGGCAUCCAGGGGCUGUAGAUCGCUGACCCUGGGGAAGAAGGGUCCGGCUGGCUGGUACCACCGGAGAGAUUGCCCCCAGGGGAGGGGUCUCCAGCCUCUGCUCCCUCUGUCAGCCUGCACCAUGUCGGACUGCAUCCUGAACCUGGACUUCUCACCAGUGCAGCCUUCCGUAGCGGCUCAGCCCAGCCUCAAACAUAAGCGGUUCCUGAAGAGACGGGCCUACCUGGAGAGCAGGGGCUACCUGAACAAGAAACGGGGCUCGGGGGGCCGGCCCCCUCCCUCCACCCACCAGACUCCGAGGCCCCCCGGCAUCCCCAACGGGAAGGCAGAGAGGACGGGUAAAGGGAGCCAGGGGGCUAGCCAGCCCGUCGGCCGGGGUGCAGCCCCCUCGGAGAAGGACCAGCUCCUGGCCGAGUGUCAGAGCGGACUGCCUCCCCCUGGCCGGCGCGGCCGCCCCAGACCCCGACACCAGUCCCAGCACGCUGCCAGGCCCGCCCUCGCUCCGCCCCCGCCCCGGGGACCCCACAAGCCUUACAAGUGCUUGGCCCUCGACUGCGAGAUGGUGGGCACUGGUCAGGGGGGCAAGAGGAGCGAGCUGGCCCGCUGUAGCCUGGUGGGUUACGACGGAGAGCUGGUCUACGACAAGUACAUCCUGCCCCCCAACCCCAUCACCGAUUACCGGACCCGCUGGAGCGGCAUCCGGUGGCACCACAUGAGGAACGCCACGCCCUUCAAACUGGCACAGAAAGAGAUAUUAAAGCUCCUGUGUGGGAAGAUUGUGAUUGGUCAUGCUGUCCACAAUGACUUCAAGGCACUAAACUACUUCCACCCGCAGUCCCUGACCCGUGACACCUCGAAGAUCCCACUCCUAAACCGCAAGGCCGGCUUCCCUGAGAGGGAGGCAGUCUCACUGAAGAAACUCACUAAACAGCUGCUCCAUCGAGACAUUCAGUCCUGCCAUAUCAGGAAUCAGUCUGGGAAACCUUGGCUGUCCUCCCUCAACAGCAAGAAUGUCCUUCCUCAGAUACGGAGACCAAAACUACACCCAGUAUUCCAGGUGUAGUCUCACCAAGGCCCUGUCUAAAUGCAACAAGACAUCCCUGCUCCUGUAAUCGAAUCCUCUCACUCUGAAGGCCAGUAUAUCAUUCACCUUGUUCACCACCAUCUGUAUGUGCAUGAGACAGUAGGAACUGCCGAUGCUGGAGAACCUGA